GUAUUAUUGCUAUACUGAGAUAUAGCGUAUCGUAACUGUUGAAAUGGUAUAUGAGACCUCCUAUGAGAGUGGCCGCAAGCCAUUCAAACCGGACUUGCAUCGUGGCAAAUGGGAAAAGCCAACGGACUAUAUAUACGCCUGUUUUGGUUUGGCACUAAAAUUGGAUUCAUUUGUCGUUUCGUAUUGGUUUUUUUUCGAUAUGGGCUUGUUUGGCAUUUUACCUUACUAUAUCUAUAUGGCUUUGUAUCUGGUCCCUAUACUGGUAAUACAUUCAUUUAUGGGUCAAUUCUCGAGCAGUGGUUUCAUCUCUGCUUUUCGAGUGUCGCCGUUUUUUAAAGGCAUGGGAUAUGUGAGUCUUGCAUUGAGCCUUGCAACUCUGCUCUAUUAUAGCCUUUUUGCCUUCGUCCCACUUAUAUUCAUAAUGCAUUCCCUACGUCCAACUCUGCCUUGGAGCUGCGAGGGAAUUAGUUCUUGGUCCAAUGAAUCAACUAUCUGUAAUAUGACGAAUACACAAGUACACACACUUCUAGACAGUAGGAAUAAAUGGGAAACCUUCGAAAUGACUAUCGUGCGUGCGCCUUCAGUGAUAUUCUUUAAAAAAUACUAUGAGGUAACGAGUCAACCGGUGGAUGAGAGUUACAUAUUAUCUUGGCAUAUUGUGGGUUUCUCCUUUGCCAUAUGGGCUUUAAUUACCUUCAUUUUUUAUAAUUUCUCGGAAACAGCUAAGUUUGGUAAAUUAGUUCGCUACAUGGUCGUCUCCACAUUGGUGCUUUUGGUGGUGUGCUUCAUUCGCUUUCUGUUUCUACCUGGUGCCUGGGAUGGACUCACGCACUUUGUAAAACCCCGUGCGGAUUCUAUGGUAAACGGUACCCGCGCCAUGCUUAUUAUUGUCCUGCAGGCUUUUGGUUCUGGUUGGGGCACGGUUAUAGCUUUAUCCAGCUUUAACAAUUUCAAGACAAACGUUAUGAAGUAUAACUGGAUCAUUGCGUUUGGACAGACACUCGUCUACAUUUUGUUCGGAAUGGUCACCUAUAUGUUGGAUAAUUAUUUUAAAACCAUUGAGCCAAAAGAUUUCAGUUCAUAUGUACUCAAAAACUGGGUUUCAUAUUUAUCGGGUGCCAGUGCUUUGUCUACACUGGAAUGGCCCAAUAUGUGGACCAUUAUCUACUUUACCAUGAUGCUGAUGGCUUCUUUGAUUGUCAUGAUCACGCAACUGUUCACGGUAUUUACGAGUCUCUUCGAUGAGUUCGAGGUAUUGAGGAUGUAUAAGAAGAAGGUUAUUUAUGGAGUGUUGGGCUUAUUAUCUGUCUUUUCGGUAUUACUUUGCUCGAACCACGGCGUUCGGCAUUUAACUGCAUUAUCCGCGGAUUCGCUUAUCUCGCAUAGUGUUAUGCAUUUGCUUCUCCUUCUGGCUGUACUUUGGGUCUACGGACGGGAGCGAUUCCAGCGGGACAUUGAGUUCAUGCUUGGACAGCCGUUUGCCUCAUGGAAGGUUUUUAUACUGCGUUUCAUAGCGCCACUAUUUCUGUUGAACUCGCUACUAAUAAGCAUCAUAGUUUCCUCAUUUGAACAUUUACUCUUCUCCAUGGCGAUUUAUAUAAGUCUGUUCGUACUGCUGCCUGUAUUGUGUAUUCCAGGUUAUGGCGUGUAUAUUAUGUGCAAGAAUACUGGCGGAUUUUGUAAUCGCUUCAGGCGUGCCUGUCGACCAAACGACUGGUAUCCCGUAGAAAUGGAAGAUCGCCAGAAAUAUGAGGAGGUUGUGGGCAAUGCAGAUAUUACUCAUCAAUUAUAUGAAGUCACCGAGGAAGUAAACUAAUCUGUCCAACACUUUUAAUUUGUACUAUACCUUGAACCCAUAAAA